CCAAACUCACAUUCACUCAUCACUCUUUUCUUUAUCACAUCAAAGCUAUUAGAACCACCAUGUCAAAAUCCAGUACUUCUUCUUUCUCAAAAAAUGUUGGUUCUAAUUCUAACCGGUUCUACAAGUGUCCGGUUUCACAGAACAAAAAAAAUAAGCAGCAGCUGCACCAGAAGAAGGCCGAAUCCGCUAAACAGGACUCGCGUAUCGGCUCUUUAUCUGAACCGAUAUCUCGGAGUCCUGUUAGCAUAACUAACCUCAAUACCCUCUUAUCAUUAUUCACCCCUUUCGUCCAUGUUAAAUUUUUAUCUGAGGGUGAGAGUGAAGGAAGUAGCAGUUGUGAAUCUGUGAAAAAAGCAUACUUUGAGCUUGAAGAAUUGUGGGAUUAUUAUAAAGAAUGGAGUGCUUAUGGUUUGGAGGUUCCGCUUACUCUAUUCGAAGAUGAAGCUGUGAUGCAGUACUUUGUUCCAUCUUUAUCUGGAAUUCAGUUGUAUGUUCAACAUGAUCAUCAUCAAGGCUUCGGGAAAACUGAUGAGGAAAGUGGUGACAUGCCUUCAAAGGAGACAACUAAUAAGCUUGUCUUCCAAUAUUUUGAGUUCAAACGACUAUUUGAACGCCAACCUCUUAAUGAUAAGGUUUCAACUCUUGCUAUGGAAUUUCCUCUUUUGAAAAAGUAUAGGAGUUGUGACAUUUUGCCAUGCAGCUGGUUUUCAGUUGCUUGGUAUCCAAUUUACCGAAUCCCCGUUGGACCAUCGCUCAAAAAUUCGGAAGCAUCAUUUAUAACUUUUCAUAAUUUGACAACUCACUUUUCAAGCCAAAAUCAACCAAAGUUGCAUGAAGAUGAACCAUUGAAAAUAGCUCUUCCCAUUUUUGGGCUUGCUACUUACAAGGUGAAACGCUCAAUUCUGCAUCUUCCUAAAGUAUCUGAAUCUCAACAAAUGAACUCUCUAGUGAAGGGUGCUGAGGAUUGGUUAAAGAAUUUGAAUAUCAAGAUGCAACACCAUGAUUACAUGCACUUUGUUAAUCAUGUAUAGUUAUUAAUGGAAAUCAUGCUUGGUAUCUUCUGCUAGGAAUAGAAAGUUUUUUUUGCCAUGCAUGAAACUUUCUUAAUUUCUAGUUACCAACUUUGUUCACCCUACAGGGAGUUGUGGUGAUCAUAGAAUAUGUUAAUUAAUUUAUGUUAUAGUAUAUAUAAUACAGAGUCCUUGAAAUAAAUGCUGGUUAGCAAGGAAUCUGUUUAGGAAAUUAAGAUUCCAGUGGUCCUAAAUUUUACUUUGUUUGGAGUUAAAUCAGUGUCUGUAUCUUGUUAUAUUUACUAUAUAUGUGAUUAUUAUUGGUAUUUAAAUUUGGCAAA